AUGGCCUCGCAGUUGCGUCUUUUCGCGUUGCUUUACAAUCUUGUCCUUGCUGCAUGCGGUGUAGCACUGGCCUACUUAUUUACCAGCGUGCAUCGAGCUCCCCUGCCUCGUGAUGAAAUUGCAGCAUUGCCAACCUUUGACCAUGCAUUGGGCAGACCCGUGCUCUGGCCACAGGUGCAAAUUGAGGUGUCGGUAGAGGAAACCGAUUUCAGUGCAGAGGUGAUGCGCGCUUUUGUCGCCAUGCUGUCAGAAUCUUUACGCGGCAGAGCACAUGUGAAGGUUCGUGAUGAUGAUUCCAUCCGCACGGGUACGCCAAUGCAAUGUUUGGCGGCCGAUGUGAGGACAUGCUUAGAAUCUCUAGAGAUGCAGGCUUGGCGGCGUUCGCCUGGUCUUGGCAGCACGUUUGAGCUGGUACUCAUUAGUUCGAAAAGCGGGUCUUCCGUCAUCCUGGAUGCUGGCAAACGGGCUUUCGUGAGGUGGCAACAACAAUCGAUCUCUAUGGAGAAAAUGGUAAGCGCUGUAUCGCAUCACCUGGAGGCCAGCUGGUUGCGCCCAGAGGCGCUGAAUGAAGGAGUGGCGCUCUUUGAGAUCACUCCCGGCUAUGUUUUCAGCUUCUUUCUCGUGGGCGACUGCCGAAGCCGAGUGUCCUGGGACUUCGAGGUACUGUCACCAUUCCUGUCCCGUUUUCUUGAACGAUUACAGCUGAUUUUUGACAUCGACCUCAACUCGCAGGUUGUUCAGUGUGGCUCCUUGGGCACUCCGCUUGAGCCAGCUGAACCAGUGCAUGGGACAGUGGAUGCAACCAUGCUACAGGCAGAUUUCAUGCGAAGGACUGGCGAGUGGCCCGCAGACACACUUACUCGCGAUGCUAGAUGGCUGCCUCCAUUGGUGCGCCUGGUUGCUUUCAAGCCUUCCGCUGCAGUGAAGUUGGCCGAUGAACGAGGUCAGGUGCAACAUUCCUUUGCUCUGCAAGGCUUCGGAGCAGUUGCAAUAGCUUCUUGCGAGAACCAGACAGGUUCUGAAAGCUUCCAUCACAGUUUGACUUCAUGUGAAGCAGAGACGGUGACUUCUGGCUGGAUCUCCAGCCUGCGGUCUUGGCUCUCAUUACCGGCAAAUGAAUCUGUUGCUGAAGGCUCGCUGCAAGUUGACGCUGACAGAAACGGGGUGGCAUUGCUUGCUGCAAGACCUCGGCUAGAUGGGAUUUCCGAUUGGGAGUUCGAGAUCCUGGCAAGAGCAGUGCAUGCACAGUUUUUGAGAAGAACUGUGGAGACGCUGCGCAGUCUUGUCGAGUUGGUUGAUUCCUUGCCAGAUGUAGAGGUACGUGAGGACAUCGCAGCCAUGGCCUUCAAAGCGACCCAGAAAACCAAGGCAUCAAUCGAAGCCGCGGAGAGGGGUGACUUGCUGCCUUCGCUUGUCGAGUCUCGGCAAGCUCUGGUGCUGGCGCUGACCGCCAUCCAUGACGAUUCCGUGGUGUCACAGCUGUACUUCUCGUGGGAAUUCAAAUAUGCCGUGUAUUUACCAAUUUCGAUGCCCAUUCUGGUGCCCAUUCUGACUUCGACUUGGUUGGCAAAGCAUAGCCGAGAGGCCAAGCCUCUGCGCAAGCGGGCCGGCGACAUGGUCAUCGGUGGCUCCAGGUGCCUGAACGGCCGAGCGGAGAUUCGAGUAGAACGUCUGGGGACCAAGACCCUGCUGAGCCAAAUUACCGCUCUCGUCGAGCGUGCCCAGCUGAAUCGCGCUCCGGUGCAGCAUGUGGCAGAUGCCGUGGCCCACCGCUUCGUGCCGGCAGUUGUGGCGCUGAGUGUCCUGACGUGGGUCACGUGGUACGUGCUGGUCUACGUUGCAAAGACCGUAACACUCGCCGACAUCACCCGGAAUCGCGAAAGCUCGCAGCCGGAGCUGGACAAGGCGUUCUUCGUGCUGGAACACGGCCUCAACGUUUUACUGGUGGCCUGCCCCUGUGCCCUUGGUCUUGCCACCCCCACGGCAGUCAUGGCCGCGACUGGGGUGGCGGCGAAGUUUGGGAUCUUAGUUCGCUCCGGAGCGGUCCCUCUGGAACUGGGCUCCAAGAUUCAGCGCAUGGUGCUGGACAAGACGGGCACACUGACGACGGGCAAACCGAAGGCGGCUGCCUCGGCAAUGCUCUGCCCAUGGACUCAAGAGGAGCAGAGCUGGGAGAGACUUCUGAGCAGCUUCCGAGAAGCCGAGGAGCUCUCUUCCCGCCGCAAG